AUAUUGCAAUCGAUGUAUCUUAUUCAUAAUUCUAAGGGAGAAGCCAAGAUGAAGGAAAACAGAGAAUUACAAAAUAAAAUGAAGCAACUCGAAGAGGAAAAUUCACGACAAAAAACGAUAUCAACACAAGCGCAGAGUGAAUUAUCUGACACCAAGCAAGAAAGCAAACGAUUGAAAGACGACAAAUUAAAGUUGCAAACGGAGAUAGACGAAAUGAAGUCUUCUAAAGAUGAAGAAAUAAGCAUAAACAAAGAAUUACAAUUGAAGCUGAAGAAUCUUGAAUCAGAUCUGAAAAGACAAAAAACUUUAUCAACACAAGCGCAGAGUGAAUUAUCAAACACUAAACAAGAAAGCAAACGAUUGGAAGAUAACAAUUGGAAAUUGCAAAUAGAGGUAAACAAAAUGAAGUGUUCUAAAGAUGAAGAAAUAACAAUAACCAAAGAAUUACAAUUAAAGCUGAAGAAUCUUGAAACAGAUCUGGAAAGACAAAAGUCUUCUAAACAUGAAGAAAUAGCCUUAAAAAGAGAAUUGCAAUUGAAGCUAAAGAAUCUUGAAACAGAUCUAGAAUUGCAAAAUUCUAAUGGAGAAGCCAAGAUGAAGGAAAACAGAGAAUUACAAAAUAAAAUGAAGCAACUCGAAGCAGAUCAUUCACGACAAAAAGCGAUAACAACACAAGCGCAGAGGGAAUUAUCUGACACCAAGCAAGAAAACAAACGAUUGAAAGACGACAAAUAUAAGUUGCAAACGGAGAUAGACGAAAUGGUUUGUAUAAGUUGA